AUGUAUAUGUGGUCGGCGUUAUAUCAGAUGAAUCCGUGGCUUAUCGUCUCCAACAAGAUCAGUCUUAAAGGAGAGCUGCAAAGUCUCCCUGGAGCAGGCUUCGGGAUGUCCGCAGCACACUUUCUGUUUCUGCAGAGAAAUAAGGAAAAAGAUGCUGUCACAUUCAAUGAUGUCAUUCAAUAUUUCAGUGCAAUAGGAAAUAAUUAUCAGGUGGUUUUAUUUCCUGAGGGAACCGAUAAAUCGUCGUGGACGGCGAGAAAAAGCUUGGAAUUCGCAAAAAAGAACGGUCUGAAGGAGUUGAAGCAUUUGUUGUACCCACGAAUAGGCGGAUUUUACUAUUUGCUUGAGAAAAUGAGGGAAGCACACUUCAUCACGUACGUGUAUGAUAUCUCGGUGGCCUAUCCAUACAAUAUUGUGCAGUCUGAGGUCGAUCUCGUCGUGAAGGGCGUUUGCCCACGUGAGGUUCAUUUCCAUAUCAAAAAAAUCCCAGUGAACGAGUUGCCGACUAGUGAGGUGGAAUGUGCACGGUGGCUUAAUGAGUGA